AUCUUUAAAUAUUUUCUCUCUCUCUCUCUCUCUCUCUCUCUCUCUCUCUCUCUCCGUCUCUCCACAUCAACAUCAAAUUACGCAAAGAGCAAAAAUCGGAGCACGAAACUCACGGAAUUUUCAAUGCAACCCAACAAUGAAACUCCACCGGACCCCCUCCCCUCUCUCUCUCUUUCUCCUGUACCUUUUUUUUUUUCUCCCCUUCAUUAUUUAACCUCCCCACAAAAGAGAAAAAGAGAAAAACUUCCAUGAAUAUAUAGAACCUUCCUCCUCAUCUACAAAUCCUUAAUAUAUUAUCUAUAUAUCAUCAUCCUAUUCUAUUUUAGAUAACCUAGAGAACAUAUAUACAUAUAUUUUGCAUGUGAUAUAUAUAUAUGAUCAAAAUGGCUAAUAAGAGAGCCCUCAAAACGUGUUGCGUUGCCACAACCCUCCUCCUCUUCCUCCUCAUCCUCACGGCCAUAAUCCUCUACUUCACGCUUCUCAAGCCGAAGCAGCCGCGCAUCGUCGCCACCGCCGUCGACGUCACGAACGUCCAGCUCAGAACCAGCCCCGCCAUCGUGCUGAACUUGACCCUCGGUGCGGAUAUCGUCGUAAACAACCGGAACUACGCAGGAUUCAGCUACGACGACACGACGACGUUGAUAUUCUACCACGGCGUGUCGGUCGGCGUCGCGCCCGUGGCCGCCGGUACGAUCGGCGCGCGGGCGACGGAGAAGAUCCGCAGUUCGGUGGACGUCGACGUCGUGAAGGUGGUCGAGAACGGAAACUUUCUUUUCGACAUUCUGACGGGGUCGUUGAAUUUUACGUCGUCGUCGGCGAUCGAAGGGAAGGUGGUUUUUCUGAAGAUCUUCAAGUUGCAUGCUUCGAGUUUGGUUACGUGCGAUAUUAGUAUCUUUGUGUUUACAAACUCUAGUAGUUGUAGUUGCAAAUCCAAAACAAAAUUAUAAAUGCCAUUUCGUUGAAUUUCGAAGGAAUUUAUCAGUUGAUUUGUAUUGAAAGUUAUUUUUAGGGUUUGAAGGAUUAUUGAUG